UUCCCGUGCGUCCGAGCUGCGCGUCUGUAAACAGCCGAGUCCAGGGGAGAGAAAUCAGGAGACAACACCACACAAAGAAGCUCGAAAACAAGCCGAGUUUAUGAAUGAUACAGAUCUGACUUCACGCAGGGACGACACUGAAUGCGUAUCACCAAGUCACCAGCAAGGACCAUCUCUCCCCGACUCUGCAGUCAGACACAGCCUAUACACACCACGUCCGACAGAAUUUCAGUGCCUCUCUAGCAACUUUUCCAGCGCAAAAUAGGCCGCAAAAAACAGCACUUUUUCCAUUGCCACCCAGAUGUAUUGACGUCAUCCACAAGGCAGAGCGAAGUCGUAUCAUACUCAGGAUUAUUCCAUAUCAACACGACAACCUAACCUCCACCCAGACUUCAAAAAGGCCUUCCCCGUCCUCCGGCCCGCUCGAGUCUAACCAAAGUUAACCAAAACGCUGCAUUCCCCCACCGCUGUCCCCCCUCACCACCAUGGCCUCCAUCACCCAGUCCUCUGACAUCGACAUCCCCGACAACCACAAGGAGAGCUGGCAGGCCCUGCUCUCCGCCGCCGAGGCCUACUGCCAGAAGACCGGCUGCGACCUGUCCAUCCUGACGGCCUGCAAGCGGUUCCUCCCGUCGGCGGCGGUGGAGGCGGACCGGACCCGGAGCGGCGCCGGCGCCGGAACCCUCUCCAGGAAGUGCGACUUCUCCUACAACGUGUGGGGCCAGGGGGCGUUGGCCGUGGCGGCGCGGCGCUACAUGGAGGACAUCGCCGUGCUGCACUCCACCACCAUGCUGACCGCCCAGCGCCACACGCGCCCGUCCGGCCUCGGCGGGGUGGGGGGAGCUCCGCCCAGGCCGGGGGCGGGGCCGGUGCUCUCCGCAGAGAGGAUCCCGGACGCCGGGUCCAGGGCGAUCCUGACGGGCGACAGUGGGACGGGCGCGGUCAGCCCCAGCACCAAGCUGUACUCCCAGAGCUACCCCUCCAUCUACAGUUCCGGGCUGGCCGGGGCCGUGGGCCAGGCCGCCGGGCUCAACGCCAACGGCGAGCUGGAGAGGAGUGCGCUGGAGGAGGUGGAGCGGGCCCGACUGGGCUCGGGGAUCGGGGACUUGGAGGAGUGCGAGGAGGAGGAGGAGGAAGACGAGGAGGACCUGGAGGAGAGGAGGCGCAAUCUGAACGAGAGUGCCGGAGUGUUCUCUAUGGACGAGGACUCGCUGUCCCGCGACUGCGAGCCCUUCUUUGAGUCCGACGGCGAGGAAGAGAGCACCGACGGGUCCAUGAGCGAGGAGGCCCCGCCCCCGCCGCGCGGCAUGGCGAUGGGCCAGGCGUCGUACUCGUCGCGCCAGGCUAACGCCCUGGCCAUGGCGCGCUCCCUGCCCGUGUCGGUGCCCGUCUGGGGUUACCGUGGCAACAGGGGUGCUCAAGGAGACGGCAACAGCGGAGAGCGGGCGGGCUGUCCUGACCUGGAGCACAUCGCCGCCAGUAUGAAGGCCCUGCUGGCCCCGGGCGCCAACGACGGUACGGAGAUGUUCGGGGCGCUGCCUCGACCACGCCUCAACACAGGAGACUUCUCCCUGAAACACUGAUCGGGAGUGGGGGGAGAGAGAAAGCAUGGCCGAGGGGAAGGGCAACGAGAGGAGAGUGGGAGGGGGAGUGAGGCUGAAAAAAGACGGGGUUGAAGGUGGUGUUUGUUGGGGGAGGGAGGGGUGAGGGAGGGGAGACGUGGUCAUCAUUAACCAGCAGACCUGAAGUAUAUGACUUUUCCAAGUACCUCUGUUUAUUUUUUCACUAACUAAAAAAAAAAAGAGAGAAAAAAAAAAAACUGCUAUAAGGAACGACUAACUGCAGCCAAAGCUGUCCCAAACACUAACGUCAUCGUCCCACACCUUCGUUGUCACUACCUUGCCACCAAAUACAUGACACAACUGGCAUCAGUCCUCGACCUGCCUGAUCCUAGAUCACUUUUAUAUGAUCUGGUAUCUUCGGCUGACGGCGGCCAUUUUGGUCCCCACCAUGGUAGGGGGUUGAGAUUGGGGUUGCAGAUCACUACGAGUGGUGUGGGGUGAGGCUUGUGACCUUCACAUUACGUGAGCACCGCGGAGGACUUCUGUGCCUCGGAAACCUGACGAUUACUUUGUGAAUUUCUUGAAUGACUGACUGAUGGAAUGAUUGUAUAUGAGCAUGAGACGAUGUAUUACUGGACUUGGUUGUUCAGAAUAUAUUGCUGGGAGAGAGAGAGCGAGAGAGAGAAAUGGGUUGCUUGUAACAGGAAUGUGUCUGUGAUGUCUCAAAUAAAGAUUACAUGUCCGGUUAUGUUUAAUGUUUUAAAUAAAGGAGCAAAAAAUGUU